AUGGGUCGACAGGAAGAUGGUUCGUUCGAUGCGCGGGGUGGUGAUGCCGUACUCGUCGCUGAGCUACACAGUGAGGAAUCUAAGGAGGCAACGUUUGUGCACCCCGAGGCACGGGCCCUGUUCAACAAGGUUCCGUGUCUUCGGCACAUCCCCUUGUUCGGGGAGGCAGCUGAGGGCUAUGGUCCUAAGCCCGUGCUUUCCAUUGGAUUAUCGUAUUUCUUGUGUAAGGGUCUUGCUGACGGACUUGUUGGUGGAUCCAUUAUUGCGAUGUUUUUGAACCGUUUCACUGUCGAGGGUCUUGUCUACCAGCGGCUAACUAACAUCGCCGGCAUGGGGUGGUCUGUGAAGCCUCUUUUGGCUGCUAUCAGCGACAUAUUCCCGUUCUUCGGUUAUACCAAACGGUGGUACAUGUUUGUGGCGAAUCUCGUCGGUCCCGCAUUCUCCCUUGGCUUUGCUCUGCUCCCAGCGCAGCCAUCGAGUGCAGCAAUUGCUUCCGUGUUCCUCUUCUUCUCUGGGCUCAGCAGGGCAUGUACGGACAUUCUAUCGCAGGGACUAUACAGCCGGAUGAUGCGCCGUGUGCCUGGUCCAGGGCCUGCUCUGGUGAGUUGGGUUUGGUGGUUCAUUAUCCUGGCUGGUCUCUUUGUUUCCGUUAUUGUUGGUCCUUUGGGUGACGCUGGCAUACCGCAGAUAUCUCCCAUGAUAGGUAGCGCUGUCCAGCUGCUGGUGGCACCAUUCUUCCUGUUCAAUUGGUUUGGUGAACUGCCCAACCGUGAGGAGCGGUACAUCGAUGCCCAUGUGCUCCACGAGCAGAAGUUAAAAGAGGCUAAGGACACCCCUCCGGUGGCUGAUGACAAUGAUCCAAUUGACGUAAAUGGUGGGAUGGUGGAGCGCCAAGUGACAAACAGCGAGCCGGUGGCGGGGCCUAACGCUGACGGCGGUGAGGCAGCUGUGAAGCCAUUUGUGUUCAGGGAGCCUCGUGAGUGCUGCUGCGGUGUGUUCCAGAUGAACGAAGAGGUCCUUGAGCGCAACAAGCGUGAGACAAUAUACAGCGUGCUAAUAGCAUUCUUUGUUGUUGGUGUUGCCAUAACCUCCUUGUUUGGAUCGAGGCUGCAUUUACUCAUUGCCGCGGCUGUCGUUUCCGUGGGGCACUGCUCUUUCAAUUUCUAUGCGCUGUCGUGGGCGGUCGCGAAGGUGAAUCUGUUCAGUUACUUGAACAAUGCGUCUACGGUGUCUUUUGGUGGUGCUGUCACCCCGUUCUUCCUGAGCGGACCCGAUUGCAAUCCGGGUGGACCUCACUUCAGUCUUUUUUUCCUGCAGACUGUUGGUGGAACAGUUGGAAGUGUCACUUCAGCUCUGGGUGUCGUGCUGUUCAAUUACUUCCUUUCAAAAAAGACUUAUCGGAUGACUUACUUCUUGACACUGGUGUUCCUCAUCGUCUCCAACAUCUUCGACUUCAUUAUAGUGAUGCGAUGGAACCGGCCAUACGUCAGUGACUACUUGAUUUACUUCUGCUGCGAUGUCGUCAUAUCUCCUGUGAUCGGGAUGAUGAACUGGAUGCCGUUAACCAUUAUUCUUUCACGGUUGUGUCCUCGUGGAAGCGAGAGUACUGUGUACGCUAUUCUUGCUGCAUCGAGCAAUUUCGGUAGCACGGUGGGUAGUUCCCUUGGGUCAGUUAUAAUGGAAUAUGCUCUGCCUGUGAAAACACUGGUGCCAUGUGACUUCGCCAAUGUAAAGUGGCUUGUGCUCAUUUCCGGCUUCGUGGCACCGUGCAUUCAGAUCCCUCUCAUCUUUACUCUUCUCCCCGAUGCUCGCAUGGACGAGGAGUUGGAUGGAGACGGCAAACCCGUGAGGAAGGUGGCGGCUGAUGUUUCCCCUGAGGGGAAAGAAACUGUCUGUGAAGGGGACAGCGAUGUGACACCCAAUGCGGAGGGCAACGGGAUCGCGCCCAAGAGGUCCUGA